GCUCGUGAAUGAGGCGAGCCGGCCGCGCGGAGGAUUGUGGGAUACCUCAGCGCGAGCUGCCCGGCCAACAUGUCUGACAUGGAGGAUGACUUCAUGUGCGAUGACGAGGAAGAUUAUGAUUUGGAAUACUCAGAAGACAGUAACUCUGAACCCAAUGUUGAUUUGGAGAACCAGUACUAUAACUCAAAAGCACUGAAGGAAGAUGACCCAAAGGCGGCACUCAGCAGCUUCCAGAAGGUGUUGGAACUUGAGGGUGAGAAGGGGGAAUGGGGAUUCAAAGCACUGAAACAGAUGAUAAAAAUAAACUUCAAGCUGACAAACUUCUCCGAAAUGAUGAAUCGGUACAAGCAGCUGCUCACCUACAUUCGGAGUGCUGUUACCCGUAAUUAUUCUGAAAAAUCCAUCAAUUCCAUCCUUGAUUAUAUAUCCACCUCAAAACAGAUGGACCUGCUGCAAGAAUUUUACGAAACUACCUUGGAGGCAUUAAAAGAUGCCAAAAAUGACCGGCUGUGGUUUAAAACAAACACAAAGCUUGGAAAACUGUACCUUGAGCGGGAGGAGUAUGGAAAGCUCCAGAAGAUCCUCAGGCAACUGCACCAGUCUUGUCAAACUGAUGAUGGUGAAGAUGACUUGAAGAAAGGAACACAGCUGCUGGAGAUCUAUGCACUGGAGAUUCAGAUGUACACUGCACAAAAGAACAACAAGAAGCUGAAGGCUCUGUAUGAACAGUCCCUACACAUCAAAUCUGCCAUCCCUCACCCUCUAAUCAUGGGUGUAAUUAGAGAGUGUGGAGGUAAAAUGCACUUGAGAGAAGGAGAAUUUGAGAAGGCCCACACAGAUUUCUUUGAGGCAUUCAAAAAUUAUGACGAGUCAGGAAGUCCACGGAGAACCACCUGUUUGAAGUACCUGGUACUAGCCAAUAUGCUUAUGAAAUCAGGAAUCAACCCAUUUGACUCACAGGAGGCAAAACCCUAUAAGAAUGAUCCAGAGAUUCUUGCAAUGACAAAUUUAGUGAGUGCCUACCAGAACAAUGACAUCACAGAGUUUGAAAAAAUCCUGAAGACAAAUCACAGUAACAUAAUGGAUGAUCCAUUUAUAAGAGAGCAUAUUGAGGAAUUGCUACGGAAUAUCAGAACACAAGUCCUCAUCAAAUUAAUUAAACCUUACACAAGAAUACACAUCCCAUUUAUUUCUAAGGAAUUGAAUAUAGAUGUGGGAGAUGUAGAGAGUUUGCUUGUGCAGUGCAUAUUGGACAACACGAUCCAUGGCCGAAUUGAUCAAGUCAACCAGCUGCUGGAGCUGGAUCACCAGAAAAGGGGCGGGGCCCGAUACACCGCUUUGGACAAAUGGACGAAUCAGCUCAAUUCCCUCAACCAGGCUAUUGUUAGCAAACUGGCAUGAUUUCAUUCACAUCAUAGCCUAAAGUAUUCACUUUAGUAAUGAUACAUUUUCACAGACCUUCAACUCGCUGAACAACCACUGGUUGAUGGUAUGGAUAAAACGAGUUCUCUACAAGUGAUUUUCUCAGUUUGCCUGUAUGUGUUGCUGACUCCUUUUUCAAUACAAACUGCUUUAAUUUCCAGGUGUCAACCAACACAUAAUACAAUUUAUUCUCUGCUUACAUCUAGCCUUGUCAGUAUAAAAUUUUACACAGGACAUGGGUGUGACAAGAAGACCUUUUGUUGUUGCUGAAGAUUUUCUUCAACUAUUAAAAGAUCUGUAUUUGAUAACAAA